CAGGAGCCCCACGCAGGCCUCCGGCAGCAGGUGUGGAGCCCCGGAGGGCUCCGGACCCGGAAGGACCGAGGGGCAAGGACGGGAGCCGAGACCACCGUUUGGGGUGAGACCGCCUGCCAGGGUGAUGGGCCCCUCGCAGGCAGGGUGACCCCACAGCCACCAGGCGCCUCCGCUGAGAGCGCUCGCGGCAGCGAUGGAUUGAGGACCUGAGCCGCUCUGCGGGGCCGAGGACAGUGCUGCCUCCAGAUCUUGGGAAGUGGAGAGGACCCAGGAACUCCAGCGUGGGGUCCGCAGAGUAGGCGUGGCCCAUGGUGCCGGACUGUGCCCCUGACAGGUGUGGGACCCGUCUCCUGCAGAAGGUUCCUUGGUUAGCAACGGAGCAGACGCCCUGCCGUCCACAGCGAUGAGGGAACCGGCCGGGGUCUGCGGCUGGAGCUCUCAUUGCCGGCCCGGGAGAGGGCAGCGUGUGCCUAAGGCAGGGCCCGCGGAGGAAGGUUCCAGAGAAAGGCCUUGGUGAGCUGGAGGGCUGCGCCCGCCUUUCCCGCCUCACCGGCGCUUCCGUGGUCCCUCCGCCCCGGGAGCAAGAGAUGGAGAAGCCCACGGGCGGGAAGAGGAAGACGUGGAGCCCGGAGCGGGGCGCUGCCAAGGACGAGCCGGCGUCCGCGGGGCGGGGGCCCCCCAGGAGAGCCAAUCUGGCCGAGAAGCACAGGCGGGAGCAUGGCCUGAGCCCAGAGGACGAGGCCCACAUCUUUGACGCCUUCGAUGCUUCCUUUAAAGAUGACUUCGCGGGGGUUCCCGUGUUCGUCCCUUUUCAGAGGAAGAAGCCCUGCGCGUGCGGGGAGUGCGGACGCGUCUUCAAGCACAAGACAGACCUCACCCGCCACCAGCGCGUCCACACCGGGGAGAAGCCCUUCCGCUGCGGCCAGUGCGGGAAGGCCUUCCGCCACAGCUCCGACGUCACCAAGCACCGGCGGGUCCACACCGGGGAGAAGCCCUUUACGUGCGGAGAGUGCGGGAAGGCCUUCAACUGCGGCUCGAAUCUCCUAAAACAUCAGAAAACUCACACUGGAGAGAAGCCCUACGAAUGCAAGGAAUGCGGGAAAACCUUCGCCUACAGCUCCUACGCCGUCAAACACCAGAGCAUCCACUGCGGGGAGAAGCCCUACGCGUGUGGCGACUGCGGGAAAGCCUUCAUCCACAGCUCGCACGUGGUCCGGCACCAGCGGGUGCACAGCGGGGAGCGGCCCUAUGCGUGCAAGGAGUGCGGCAAGGCCUUCAGCCAGAGCUUCAACCUCGUCCGGCACCAGCGAGUUCACACCGGAGAGAGGCCCUACCAGUGCGCCGAGUGCGGCCGGACCUUCAGCCAGAGGUCGGACGCCGAGAAGCACCGGAGAAUCCACACGGGGGAGCGGCUGUACGAGUGCGGGGCCUGCGGGAAGGCCUUCGUCCAUGGUUCCAACGCCGCCCGGCACCGGCGGACUCACCACGGGGAGAGCCCCUACGCCUGCAGGGAGUGCGGCCAGGCCUUCAGCCAGAGCUCCAACCUCAUCCAGCACCAGCGGGUGCACACGGAGAAGCCNUUCCGCUGCGCCGAGUGCGGGCGCACCUUCCGCCUGAGCUUCCAUCUCAUCCAGCACCAGCGGGUCCACAGCCGGGAGUGACGGGGCCACGUGGGCGGGACCGGGAGUGACGGACCCGCUCCCCCAGGGGCAGACGGGGACACUUCCCACUGAGACUUGUCUUCGCAGCCCAGGUGUCUCCUGAGGGACCUUCACGCAGCGAAGCUGAUCGGCCUCUGUGACCGCCCAUCGCCGAGCCCCCACCCCCCGCAGCCGUGAGCUCCCUGCGGUCUCGGUGUCUCUGCAGGUUCUGGGAUUCACACUCAGAGCCGGACCGGUGCUCGUGCUAUUUAAGUAUUUAUGACGUCAGAGAGGAAGGGAGAGGGCGGGACGUCAAGAUGAGAGGGAAUCGGGGACGGCUGCCUCCUGCUCGCCCCGCACGGGGUGGAGCCCACAGCCCGGGCCUGUGCCCUGACCGGGAAUCGAACCCGGAGCUCCUGGCUCACGGGUCGGGGCUCUGCUUGUUCUGAGUUGGUCCGGGCGCAGCGUCUGCACUCGGGACUUGACUGGUCAGAGGUGGGAAGACGCGCAGGCGCCGUGACACCCAGGACAUCAGCGCUGACGGCAGCCAGGAGCACAGGUCGUGGGGGCUGGGCCCCGGGAG